CUUUUUAUGCAUGAAAACAUCAAUAUCUUGCAUCAAAUCUAACAUUUCCAUCAUAUACAAGCAAAUGAUGUCGGAUUAUGCUCAUAUUAAACCUUUAGUUCCAACGGUCAUGGCGGAAAUGAAGAUCAUGACAGCCAUAGGCUUCCCACUCUUCACCACAGGGUUAGUGAGUUAUUUAAAAAACAUGAUUGCGGUUGCAUGCAUGGGAAAGCUAGGAAGCCUUGAGCUAGCUGGUGGUGCACUAGCAAUAGGGUUUACUAACAUUACUGGCUACUCGGUUCUAUCAGGGCUCGCUAUGGGGAUGGAGCCACUUUGCAGCCAGGCUUAUGGUUCAAGAAACUUACAUUUGGUUACUCAAACCCUACAAAGAACCAUCCUCAUGUUAUUAUUUGCAUCGCUGCCGAUUGGUAUUCUAUGGGUUAACCUGGAGCCACUGAUGCUUAAACUACACCAGGACCCCGAGAUAACACACAUAGCUAGUCUAUAUAGUCAGUAUGCUGCACCUGAUCUUAUAGUUAGCAGCCUUUUGAACCCGCUGCGUAUUUUUUUCAGAACCAAAGGAAAAACAUGGCCAUUGAUGUGGUGCACUUUACUGGCAACACUGCUACAUUUUCCAGUCACCAACACUUUAGCCUUCAAACUUCACCUUGGGGUUAGAGGGGUUGCACUCUCAACCUUUCUAACCAAUAUGAACACAUUGGGUUUGCUUCUUGGCUACAUGUUUUUUUCUCAUACCCCCAAGUCUGAACCAAUGUCUGAACCAGAGUCAACACCUAUAGCUAUAGAAAGCGGUUCAGUGAGGGAUGGAUGGAGUGUACUGAUUCAGCUUGCUAUCUCUAGUUGUUUAGCUGUUAUUCUAGAGUGGUGGUGGUAUGAGUUGAUGACGGUUCUAGCUGGAUAUCUUCAUAAACCUCAUAUAGCCCUAGCUACGUCAGCUAUAGUGAUUCAAACAACGUCUUUAUUAUACACAUUGCCAGCAGCACUUAGCAUGUCAAUAUCAACUCGGGUUGGAAAUGAACUUGGAGCAGGAGAACCGGGCCGAGCCCAUCUGGCAACACUAGUCGCGGUCGGGCUAGCACUUGUAACUUCAGUCUUCGGGUUGUUAGCGAUUAUGUUAGGAAGAGAAGCAUGGGGAAAAGUGUUCACGCAUGAUGGUGAUGUUUUGAAAUUAACAGUAGCUGCUCUGCCCAUAAUUGGAGUAUGUGAACUGGCUAAUUGCCCACAAACCACGUGUUCUGGGGUUCUACGUGGAAGUGCAAGACCGUCCAUUGGUGCAAGAAUUAAUUUGUGCUCCUUUUACUUGGUGGGUACACCAGUAGCUAUAAUCUUAGCUUUUGUGUUUAAAUUAGGAUUUUUGGGGUUAUGUUAUGGGCUUUUAGCAGCACAGGUGGUAUGUGUACUCUCGAUCAUGACUGUAAUAUACAGGACAGAUUGGGAGAAAGAAUCAGCAGACGCAAGACGGUUGGUGGGAAUGGAAAGAAGCAGUGAAUGCACUUAUGAGGAUCGGAUUAUGGAAUGCGAGCAAGGAGUUGGGUUUAUUUAAAAUGCAAAUCUUGAGCAGUUAAUACACAUUAAUGUACAAAGAAUUUGGUAUUGGGUGA